ACGUCCCCUGUUCUCUUAUUGGCUGUUCUCAGUCUCUUGUGUGUAUGUGUAAGCUUUAAAUAGUGUGUUGCCUCAUGAAUUGAGCAAUACUAAGGGGGUGACUACAGUUUAGGGUAAGAGUGCAGGUUACUAGUGGUAAAAUGGCUCCAUUAGGACUCAUCUUGGUCUCAUCAGCACUGCUGGCUGGGGUCUGCGCUGCAGGACCACAGGUAUUAAAAGUUACAACCAUCAAGGAGGAACCGUAUGCAAUGUCCAAAGGCUCUGAACUGGAGGGCUUCUGCAUUGACCUGCUAUCAGCUGUCUCAAAGAAAUUAGAUUUUAAGUAUGAUAUUCAGCUCGUGAAGGACGGCCGGUAUGGCACCACAGAUGACAGCGGCACCUGGAACGGCAUGAUUGGAGAAGUUGUCAGAGGAGAAGCAGACAUCGCUGUGGCGCCUCUGACUCUUACAGCUAAACGUGAGACAGCUGUGGACAUGACCAAACCCUUCAUGCAGACGGGUCUUAGUUUCAUCUUAAGGAAAGACUUAGCCUCUGAUGACUCGCAGUUCCUCAGCCUUCUUAACCUGUUCUCCACUGAGAUGUGGAUGGGUAUUCUGGUCGCCUACCUGCUGACCUCCAUCUGCAUAUUCUUAGUGUCGCGGAUUAGCCCCUGUGAAUGGGAGCAACCAGAGAAAGAAAUGAAUUUCUUCACGCUCUCACACAGUUUUUGGUAUACUGUGGGAGCACUGACCCUUCAAGGUGCUGGCCCUCACCCCAAGGCUCUUUCGGGACGAGUUAUUACCGCUGUCUGGUGGCUGUUUUCAUUAGUGCUGCUUGCAUGUUACUUCGCCAACCUCAGUUUAUGGCUGCAUUCAGACAACCAGCAACUGUCGAUCAAGAGCUUUGAAGAUCUCGCUAAUCAAAACGUCAUUGAAUAUGGCACCAUUAAAGAUUCUUCCUCUUUUAACUUCUUCAAGAACUCAAACAACCCCACAUACCACAGGAUCUAUGAGCACAUCAAGAAAGCUCAGAGCUAUUCACUCAGUGCAGAAGAAGGAUUCCGCAAGGCUCAGAAAGGCAACUAUGCCUUCAUCGGCGAAUCUGUGUCCCUCGACCUGGCAGUGGCAAGAUACUGUAACCUCACACGCGCCCCAGAGAUCAUCGGCAUGAGGGGGUACAGCAUCGCUGCGCCUUUAGGCUCUCCUUUGGUGAAAAACCUAAGUGUUGCCAUUCUGCGCCUGAGCGAGUCUGGUGAGCUGGAUUAUUUCCGCAGUAAGUGGUGGGCUAGCAGUUGUGUGGGAAAAAAUGGCAAGGGUGCUCCACUGAAGCCUACCAGUCUGAAGGGAAUCUUCUUGUUACUGGCGCUUGGUCUGGGACUGGGGCUUUUCUUGGCUCUAAUGGAACUGGCCGCCAAAUCACGCAAAACUGCUAACACUCAGCAGAAGUCCUGCUGCUCUGUGAUGUCUGCUGAACUCAGUCAGCGCUUCAAAGGUGGUGAGGCGACGACAUCGGAGUCCUCUGAGAAAAGCAAAGCCUAAAGAGCAAAGCCCCAACAAAGCACUGAAACAUGCAUUUAAUCACUUAAUGCUCAUUAUAUGUACAACAAAGUUAUUCACUACUAACUAAACUGGGUGGGUGAAACGCAGGACACAUUUCAUUUGUUCACAAAUCGAAGAAAAAAAAAUAUAUGUAAGACUAUAAGGGCUUUUUUUAACGAUUUAAACAACAUUUGUGUCAAAUUGCAGCACAAUGCAAUAUAAUUUCUUUUGUAAUUUUUGAGUAAAAUAUGACCCAUGUGUUUGACAAAUUUCAUGCAAUUCACCCAGGUAAUCAUCCUGCAUUUAGACAGAAUGUGGCUCUAUUAAUUUUAUUAAUCAGUAUGAUCAGUUAGCAGUUACUACCCAAAAGUUUGAAAGCGCCCAAAAUUCUGACCAAGCACAUUUGACCUGCUUAUUUCUAGAUUACUGUGAUCAGCCCUUUUGCUGUUUUAAUAGCAGAACAAUGUGAGUUAUGAAUAAAACUGUGAUAUCAUUAAAAAUGGAAGAGAAGAUUGCAUACAGAUAUGUUCGAACAUUUUCUUUCAUUUCUAUUAUAAUAAAAUGAUGCAUGCAAAAAUUCUGCUAUGACUAACUAUAUAUACACAGUAUCCAGAGAAAAAUUCAGUUUCUUAUUUUAUGUACCAUCGUUUUAUGUUAGAGAAUUUUCUUAACAAAAAUAAAAAGCUGGAAUAUGCUGUUUGCAUAUUUAA